AUGCCUAUAGAAGGAGGAAAAUCUGAUAUGGAUAGGAUUGGUCUCUUCAGUGAGAUGGAAUACAUUACAGUGGGCGAUAAAUAUGUGUCACCAUUUAAUCGACCCUUUAACGAGGCUGCAAGCAAGAAUAAACAGAUGCUACCAGGGGGAUCCAAAGAAAUGUCAGAUCUCCAGCAGGGUUAUUUUGAUCCUCAUUUUGUAAGGAUUUUUGAAGGUGAAGGCUACGUAAACCUGAAUCAAGUGAGACGUCGGCAUAAAAUGGAAGAAGCCAAAAGAAACCUAGGCAAAGCCUUCCUCCCUAGUAGUGGAGAAAAAAAGUCGUGUGGAUUUGGAAGCUACUAUGGAACAAUUGGUGGCCCAGUCCCAUUCUUCAGUGCACAGUUAAAACCCAGAGAAAAAUACAGGGCACCUGGAAAGAAUUUAUAUACAAACCCAGGCAAGAAAGGAACUGGAUAUGGCUAUGCAAACCUUACCAUAGGCAAACAGCCUUCACACUCCGCAGAUUACUAUGAUGAGCCAAAACUAACUUACAAGAAAGAGAAUGAAGAACACCACCGAUUAAUUAAAGGGUUACCUUUCAAGUUAAGCUCUUACCCAAAGGAAUAUUUUGAUAGUAAUCCUUAUACUUUUGAUAAACCUUUACCACCAAUUAAAAAAGCAGAGAAGCCACCAUCCCUUCCAACACCUUUUAAGCCCUCUUCUCCUGGUAAAAAGGCUGGUGGAAUGAAGGCUGGAACCUUUGACCCUUACCCUGCACAUUCUGUUGACCCUUAUGUGGCUAAACUGUUAAGACAACCUAACAAGGCUAAUAAGAUUUUUCAUCUACCAGGUGUACCAAAAAGCAGGCCAAUAAAAAGUAUAAUGACUUUAAACAUCAAAAGGGCCCUAAAUAUGAAGAACUACAAGACUGCUUCAGUACAAUCCUAUUAA